AUGACUAGCAGCAAUGAUCUAAGUAAUACAGAGCUGCUCUCUAAAUUAGUGGAAUUAAUAAAAAAAGAGAGCAACAGUGUUAAAAGUGAAAUCAAGCAAGAGAUCCAAGAAAUAAAACUAGAGAACGCGAAAAUUUUGUAUCUUGUAAAACAGCAAGACGAAAAGCUCGAAUUACUGGAAAAAUCAUACAAAAAACUGGAGCAACAGAAUUUACAAUUAGAAAGAGCCGUCCGGAAAAAUAAUAUACUCGUAUUUGGACUGGAAGUUGAUAGCAAAACUGCUAAUCUAGCAGAUAUAGCAACAGGGAAAUUAAACGACCUUUAG